AGGAAGUUAAACGAAAAGAGGACGAAGAUCAGUGUGACACCGCGCUCCCUCAGAGACAAAUCCUUGCAUGAUUAUCAGUUCGUGUAUGCAAGAUUUGUUGCACAUUAAGCGUGCACAUUCAAUUGCAUGCAACGCGCGAUAUCAUUUUCUCUUCACACUUCUAUAAACACGCGUAUACACACACACACACACGUGCGUGCAUAUAUACACACACACGCGGAAAUAUUGUAUAAACGCUGGAUAGUCUCUAUUGAUAGCGGCUCGGCAGCGAAUUUUGGAGCGGUUCGUGUUUCUUGCCUGUUCACCGACGCCGAAGGCCUUUGAGACAGCUCAGAAAGACAAAUUCAUCAAGAAUGUCGCAUAAUAUGAAGAAUCUUGCAAUGGUGCACGACGAUAGAAUUCAGAAAACGCCACUGCGUCCGAUGAUAGCAGAAUAUGAGCCAAAGAAGCAUGGUGUGAAAACAGAACUCUCAGACGUGAUGCUCGUCAAAUACAAAUGCGAGAAAAAUGACGUGCCCAUUACGGUCACAAACGGCUCGACCUUGCCGCUUGUGGAGCGACCGACCGACGAGGAAGCCGCCCUUUACAAUCCAUUCGAGCAUCGGAAACUUGUCCAUCCUACCUCGGAUCUCGACACGUUUAUACAUCUGCUCAAGGGGAGCCUUGGCACGGGCAUACUCGCGAUGCCGAUGGCCUUUCGCAAUGCCGGCCUCACCUUCGGUCUCUUCGCCACAUUUUUCAUCGGCGCGAUCUGCACGUACUGCGUACACAUAUUGGUCAAAUCCGCCCACGUCCUCUGCAGAAGGCUGCAAACGCCUAGUCUGGGCUUCGCUGAUGUCGCGGAGGCAGCUUUCCUAGUGGGACCCGAACCCGUUCAAAAAUAUGCCAGACUCGCCAAAGCGGUGAUCAACUCGUUCCUGGUGAUUGAUCUGAUCGGUUGUUGCUGCGUGUACAUCGUCUUCAUCUCGACUAAUCUUAAGGAAGUUAUAGACUAUUACACAGAAACGGACAAAGAUCUGCGGAUGUACAUGGCAUUGCUUCUACCAUUUCUCAUUAUUUUCUCCCUUGUGAGAAAUCUUAAAUACCUCGCGCCAUUUUCCAUGGUAGCGAACGUGUUGAUUGCCACAGGCAUGGGCAUUACCUUCUACUACAUCUUCAAUGAUCUACCAACCAUCAGUGAUGUUCCAAAUUUCUCCAGUUGGGCUCAACUGCCUCUUUUCUUCGGCACCGCCAUCUUUGCCCUCGAAGGCAUUGGUGUUGUUAUGCCGCUAGAGAAUAAUAUGAAGACACCGAUGCACUUUAUUGGUUGUCCGGGUGUACUCAACACCGGCAUGUUUGUCGUCGUUUUAUUAUAUAGCACCGUCGGUUUCUUCGGCUACUGGAAAUAUGGCGAUAAGACAAAGGCUUCCAUAACACUUAAUCCCCCGCAAGACGAGAUACUGUCACAAUCCGCCAAAGUAAUGAUCGCCAUAGCGAUCUUUCUGACUUACGGGCUCCAGUUUUACGUGCCCAUGGAAAUAAUCUGGAAGAAUACGAAGCAGUACUUCGGCUCAAGGCGACUGCUCGGCGAAUACUUGCUCCGUAUCGUGUUGGUAAUCUUCACCGUUUGCGUGGCGAUCGAUCCCAAUCUAGGUCCGUUCAUCUCCCUCGUCGGGGCUGUGUGCCUGUCCACUUUGGGUCUGAUGUUUCCUUCGGUGAUCGAGCUGGUGACCGUCUGGGAACUGGAGAACGGUAUGGGAAAAUGGAAUUGGCGGCUGUGGAAGAACAUCCUCAUCAUUGCCUUCGGUGUUUUGGGCUUCAUCACCGGCACCUACGUCAGUAUACAAGACAUUCUGGAGGGUAAAUGAAGGUCGCCCAGUUCUGGCGCGAAGAGCGAUUCAACUGAUCGUGAAUGCGGCUCGUCGUUCGACAAUAAGAUGCCAUUUACGCGACGAGAAUCACUUAUAAUGCUGCGUGCUGGAAGCCUAUUUUGGCGAAAUUAUCCGGCUUUUAGGAACAAUAUCACUCUUCGAAUUUCGAUUCUUACACUCUUCUUAUAGCACAAUGACUAUGACAAUCACGAUACGUGAGAUGACGAUGACGAUGAUGUAGAUAUCAAACAAGUCUUUUCACACAUGGCCAAACUCUCUCAUUUAUCAUUAUUUUAAUGAUAGACAAGUUCGUUUAUGCAUUGUGCACGAUUGGUGAUGCGUGGGUAUAUAUAGAUCAAUCAAGAGAAUUUGAAAAAUGACACUUCAUAUCACACUUUCGAUAAUUAUAAUAAUUAUCAUUAAUCAUUCACGCAAAAUCAUUAUUAUUUAAGCAGGAUAGGCCAUUGUAUGAUAUUGAUGCGAAAGAUGUAAAAUAUUUGUCAAAUAAAGCUGAAAACAAAAUUACAUAUUUUU